AUGAAUGCCAUAGCAUCAUCUAUCUUAUUAACUUUAAUUAGCACUGCCAAUGGUUUUAUAAAAUUUAAUCAAUCAUUUGAAAUUCAUGGACGGUUUAUGUGCGGUCAACAACCGUUGCAUCGUGCAGCAGUUGAACUAUGGGAAGAUAAUCAAUCGCUGUUGAAAUCAAUAGUGUAUGUUUUAAUGCAGAAAAGAGAACCAAAUGAUGCAUUUCUUGCUCGAACAAAUACAAAUGAAUGUGGCGAGUUUAGAAUAAAUGGAACUCGUAAAUCUGCAAGUAAGAUGCAACCGUAUAUUUAUGUUUAUCAUCGAUGUGAUGCUGAUGAAUUACCUAUAAGUAAAUCUCGAUCAAAGUUCAAAUUGUGGCGCACAUUUGUAAUAAAAGUGCCAGAAAAAUAUGUAAGUGCCGGGAAUCGAGCUUCGCGAACAUUCGAUUUAGGAGUAUACAAUUUGCAAUUUCAGUUUGCAUUGCCACUAUCACUUUUACGCACAGCGCAGAAUCAUCCGAUGUUAGUUGAAUUGAAAAAUGGUGAAACCUACAAUGGACAUUUAGUUUCAUGUGAUGCUUGGAUGAAUAUCCAUUUAAGAGAUGCUAUUUGUACAUCACGUGAUGGUGAUCGCUUCCUAAAAAUGCAAGAAGUAUAUGUACGAGGUUCAACGAUUAAAUAUUUGCGGAUUCCAGACGAUGUGGUAGAAUUGGUGAAAGAAGAGGUUAAGGAGGUACGUAGACAGCAGAAAGACCAACAACGUGCAAAACGUAAUUUACAAGGAGCUCGUGGUGGUGGGCAGCAAGGUCGAGGGGGAGCUUCUGGUCGUGGUGCUGGACGUGGUAGUAGUCAUCAUGGAUGGAAUCGAGAUAAAUCAGCUGUACAAUGA